CUUGUCAUAGUAUAUAUUAAGAAUUUUUGUUGCGAAUAGACUUGAGAUUGUGAACCAUAAGCGGUUUUAAAUCCAUAAUAAUCUCAAUAAUUAAUUAAUUAAAACGUCUAUAUACAAUACUAAAAUGGCUCCUAAAGCUGGUGGUGAUGCUGGGAAGGUUAAUUCAGCCAUUUACAAAGACAAAAGCAAGCCAACUGACAUUCGUUUAAGCAAUAUAAAUGCCGCUAAAGCUGUGUCAGAUGCGAUUAGAACCAGCCUUGGUCCCCGUGGAAUGGACAAAAUGAUUCAAGCCGCUAAUGGUGAGGUUACCAUUACUAAUGAUGGAGCAACUAUCUUAAAACAGAUGAGUGUCAUACACCCAGCAGCUAAAAUGUUAGUUGAGCUGUCAAGGGCACAAGACAUUGAGGCAGGUGAUGGUACUACAUCAGUGGUGGUAAUAGCAGGAGCAUUACUUGACGCAGCUGAAAAACUUCUUCAAAAAGGCAUCCACCCCACAGUUAUAUCAGAUGGCUUCCAGAAGGCCUUGCAAAUGGCUUUGCAGGUAGUAGAAGGAUUAUCGAUACCAGUUGAUUUGUCAAAUGAAGAUGCACUCUUAAAAGCAGCAGCAACAUCUCUUAAUUCGAAAGUUGUAUCCCAGCACUCUACGAUUUUGGCACCAAUCGCAGUUCAGGCAAUCCGUUCAGUAAUGGAGCCAAUCCAAGGAGGAGUGGGCGCGCGUGUUGACCUUCGCGACGUUAAAGUAAUUGAACGUAUCGGCGGUACCGUUGAAGACACUGAGCUGAUUCAGGGGCUUGUAAUCCCGCACCGCGCUUCUAAUGUCAAUGGACCUCACCGCAUUGAAAAAGCUAAAGUUGGACUUAUCCAAUUUUGUAUCUCUCCGCCGAAAACUGACAUGGAUCACAAUGUGAUUGUAUCAGACUAUGCUGCUAUGGACCGUGUUCUAAAAGAAGAGCGUCAGUACAUUUUAAACAUUGUAAAGCAAAUAAAAAAAGCUGGCUGUACUCUAUUGCUGGUACAGAAAUCUAUUUUAAGGGAUGCGCUAAGUGAUCUAGCUAUUCACUUCUUAGAUAAAAUCAAGACAAUGGUUAUUAAAGACAUUGAGCGUGAAGACAUUGAGUUUGUUUGCAAAACUCUUGGAUGCCGUCCCAUUGCUUCCUUGGAUCAUUUUACAGCUGAAAAUUUGGUUAAUGUAGAUCUUGUAGAAGAAGUAAACGAGCCUUCUGGAAAGUAUAUUAAGAUGACGGGUUGCUCCGGCGGAGGCCACACCGUGUCGGUGCUGGUGCGCGGUACGAGCGGCGCCGUAGUGGCGGAGGCGGCGCGCUCGCUGCAUGACGCGCUGUGCGCCGUGCGCUGCGUGGCGCGCCGGCCCGCGCUCGUGCCGGGCGGGGGCGCGCCCGAGGCCGCCGCCGCCGCUGAGCUGGCCCGCGCCGCUAUCGUGGCACCCGGUGCGGACCACUACUGUUUCAGGGCUUAUGCCGACGCGCUCGAAGUCAUUCCCUCUACGCUUGCCGAGAAUGCAGGUCUGAACCCUAUCGAAACUGUGACCGAGCUUCGCGCGGCAUACGCAAGCGGCACGCAGAGCGGUGCCGGCGUGAACGUAAGGCGCGGGCGCGUCACCGACAUGCGUCAAGAGCACGUGCUGCAGCCGCUCCACGUCACGGCGUCCGCACUCGCGCUGGCCACUGAGACCGUGCGCGCUAUCCUCAAAAUUGAUGAUAUCGUCAAUACGCUGAAUUAAGGAGUAAUGCACUUAAUAAUUAUUAAUUAAUAAAAAAUUAAAUCACAAAGUAUUAACAACCUACUCAUGUAUUUAGUUUUUGGCUAGCCCAUUAUGGUAUUUGUAAUAAAUAUUGCAAAUUUUGUAAUUAAUGCACACACUUCAGUUUUCUUCAAAUUGUAUUGAUUUUGUCGUACACAAUUUUUAAAGAUUAUAUUGACAACUAAAAGAAUUAUUACUUUUUUUAAGCCAAAACUGUGAAAAACAAGUAAUAGUAUUUUUAGUACAAUUCAAUUAAAAGAUAUUGUGUAUGACCUGGGCCAAUAUUUCUGUUAAAUAUCUUAUGUCACAUAUUUUUUAGUGUUUAUUCAUGAAAUGCAGAAAGAAUGGCUUAUUUGUUUGUUUAUAUAAUAGUAAUUACAUUAGAGCUCGUAAUGCUUUAGUUAAGACGCGAAAUAUUUUUAGUUCUUAAAAACUAAUUUAAAUAAAAAUUACUAAGAUUUA